AUGCUUCCUUCCAGUUUCGGCACCUUGUCUACACGUGAGCAGAGCCGAUAUUUACGAUCAAUUCCCGAGCAGCAAAGAAGAAUUCUUCGUGAUCACGAAGACCAGUGCCAGGCAGCGUUCCAGCGAUUACUGGACACUGCUCUUGAGGAAGUUGACUUUUGUCGCGACCAUGGCCUUCUCCAGCCUGGUGUAUACCGCAACGAGUGCGGUUACGAACUCCAUGUGUGGCCUAACGGGCAGCGAUCAGAAGUCAGUAUUUGUCGGUCUCCAGGCCCAAACAUAGUCUGGGCGGGAGAGCCCAGGCGACUUGCUUGGCCUGUUCCUCCCCAGUGCCAAUACAAGCGUGGGACCUGGCAGCUGGCACUACCCGCUGCUCCUGUCUCCCUUCCUGCUGAUCAGCAGCAAUCCCGGCGCCAAACAGCCACAGGCUUUGAGAGAUGGCGUAUCGACAGGGUCAACGAGCAGACAUCCGUGUCACCUCAAGUUCUGUCUUCCGAGCUGCAGCAGUGGCAGUUGCAGCAGUCACCCAUUGCUACCCCAAUCGCUUAUGGUAGCGAACAAGUGAGCGUCGCUGCUCUUCCAGGGCAUGAAUUUCCUCCGCAACUCUACACACCUGUCGCUGCUGGACCUCAGCAACCUCCUCCUUCUCCUGUCGCUGCCCAGCAGCAAUCUCCCGAUUUCUCUGCUGCUGUCCCGGAGCAAAUUCCCUCCUCCUGUCUUGCUAUCGAGCUAGAGAGUGAGAACGACCCAGAGUUUUCAGAAUUUUUGAUGGAAAUGGACGCUGAGAUAGCCAAUGAAUCCUCGCGCAGGGCCGCCGCACAACAGCCGCUCGGGAACGCAGCAUACCCUCCUGGCUAUGAACCCGCUACUUCUAUUUAA